AUGGCCCAGCAGUUCUGGGAGUUCUGGGUCUCCUGUCUUUUCACACUGUGUCUAGCUGCCUUGGCUCAGGAGUCUCCGAGUCCUCAAAAAGCAAAGGUGGACUGCAACAAGGGGGUGAAUGGCACCAUCUAUGAAUACGGAGCCAAGACCCUGGAUGGCGGGGAGUAUGUUCAGUUCCAGCAGUACGCAGGGAAGCACGUCCUCUUUGUCAAUGUGGCGUCCUUCUGCGGCCUGACAGUCACUUACCCUGAACUGAACAAACUGCAGGAGGAACUGGAGCGCUUCAAUGUCAUCGUUUUGGGCUUUCCUUGCAACCAGUUUGGAAAACAAGAGCCUGGAAAAAACUCAGAGAUCCUCCUUGGACUCAAAUAUGUGCGUCCAGGCGGUGGCUAUGUCCCCAAUUUCCAGCUCUUUGAGAAAGGGGAUGUGAAUGGAGAAAAUGAACAAAAGAUUUUUUCUUUCCUAAAGAACUCCUGUCCUCCCACCUCUGAACUUUUGGGCUCUUCAGAAUAUCUCUUCUGGAAUCCCAUGAAGGUCCAUGACAUCCGCUGGAACUUCGAGAAGUUCCUGGUGGGGUCCGAUGGAGUGCCUGUCAUGCGCUGGUUCCACCAUACUCCUGUCAGUGCUGUCCAAUCAGACAUCAUGGAGUACCUAAACCAAACCCAGACCCACUAG